AUAUAUAACAUGACACGCAGGCCGUGUCAUGUUAUAAAAUAAUGUUCAUUAAGAGAUGUGACAUCACCGACGCUGCCAUAGGGAUGGUCUUGAACAACAGAGCAGAUUUGGUCGGCAUAGAGUAAUGCAAGAACCAGAGCCAGUGCCAGAACCAGAACCAGAACCAGAACCAGAACCAAUGGCAAAUCCUAACGAAGUUGCUGAAUUUAAUAGAAUUGUUAAUUCUAGAGGAUGGAAAAAUAUAGUUGGUUUACAAAUUAUAAACGUAAAAGAAGAAAUAGUAUCAAUCGAUGUAUAUGUCUAUACCUAUUCUUCUGUCAAUAAUGUCAAUAAAACCGAAUUUGAAAUAUCAAAGCUAAGUGCUUCCUCGGUAUUAAGUAAAAUCUAUUCAGAUAUGCUAAAUCCUUUACGUGAUUACUAUAGAGAUAUGUCAUUAGAAUGUAUGCAAUACUCAAAUGAGGAAUCUAAAUGGACGAAUUUGAAAAAAUUAAUCGAAAUGUUUUCUAUGUUUAAACCACUAAUGUCUUGUAUGACUAAUGCAUUAAAUUAUUUUGAAUGUACUGAUGAGAACUUAGUAUUUAAUGUUCUCAAAAGAACAUUAUUAUUAACUAACGAAUUGACUACUAUUAAAAACUUUCAUAAUUCAGACAACACUCUAAAUUAUGAAUUUAUAAAUAGAACACUUCACGAAAUUUAUAAUUUUGCUACAAAANUGAAUUUAUAA